UUUUGCCAUUGGUUUGCAAUUGAUUGAUACAGUUCUAUCAGAUAUUCAAGCCUAUUAUUCUGUCCAAAAAAAGGACACCUAGUAAUGAUAGGAUCCAAAACCAGCCAGCUUCAUUGUUCUGUGGAAAAUAAUAAUUUGUGUCUUGUUUGUUGAAUUCAUCAUUUCUUUUACCUUACUUGCUAUGACUGUUAUUGGGCUUUGUACUCUUCUUUAUAUAUAACUACUAGAGCAUUUCUUUUCUUAGUGUUUAUUUGUGUAAAUUUACUACUUUCAAGCACAUGAUCAUGAAUGAGACCUUUAAAUGACUAUUAAGAAUAAUAUAUAAUCCAAUUUAACUUUGACUUCUCAUUUUUCCCGUAAUGAGAACUUUUCAAAGCCACAUAAAUGUUACUUAUGACUUGCGUAAGACCACAAGUUUCAACUAUCUCAUAGACACACAAAUGUUAUGGCAUGUUUAAAAUCACAAGUUUCAGAAGUUUUUCUAUUUUUCUUAAACUCCGUAACAACUCAAACUAUGACACAUAAAUCGAAACGGAGGUGUACUAAUUAGUUUCCCUAACAUGCUGAAGACAAGAAAUUAGAGAUGGGACAUUUUUACUUUAUUUUAGGUCUGCAAACAAAUUUCAAGAAUGCCAGGAAUUAAAGUGAGAGCUGGAAACUUACUUACUGAUCACUUAACUGAUAAAAGAUGGAGAAUCCUUGCCCUUUUUCUCUUUAUAUGUUUCUUACAAGCAGGCAUGCAAAUAAUUAAAUGCUCUUUCUUUUUGUCUAAUCCUAUUCUUAUUCUAUUUUUCAUACCGAAAGCCAAAAAAUGUAUCUGGUGUGAAAAUACCUGACUUGACAAUGAAGAGAAAUCACCUUGCCUAAAGUAAAAGAGAAUAUUGAUCAUGAAGUACUAGUCCAAUGUUUCAGUUUAAACAAAUAUAAACAUGUUUGCUAAAUUUCAAUUACUAUCAAGAUUGGGAUCCUUAAUUUGAGGAGGUUUCACAAAAUUAGAUGGAUAAACAAUCUGCUAAAGGGACAACGAUUACUACAGAAGAAAAGACUGGUGAUAAUCAAGAUGAAUGCAGCAUUACAAUCCAUCAAGAGUCAAACUCAAAUACUCAUGAAAUCAGUGAAAAUGAGAUACAGUGGCUAAAUUCCUUGGAGAAGAGUGGAGGGUACCCUGCCAAAGGAUCAACACAGAAGCCAAAAAUUCAGAUGGUCCCUGAAAUGCUACGUGGGAUUGAAUCCAACAUUAGCUGCUACGAGCCCCUUGUUGUUGCUAUUGGUCCAUUUCACCAUGGAAAACCAAAGCUUCAACCUAUGGAGAAGUACAAGGAGAAAUUGGCAUUUCAGUUUGCUGAUCAAGAAAGUAAAUAUGUUGGGGUCUCAUCACGGCUAUUAACAAAUUCAGUGACCAAAGAUGAGCUUUACAUAAGAGUCAAGAACAUUGUGCCUAAUGUCAGGGAUUGUUAUGCUGAGGACUUAAUUAAAGAUUACAAUGACGAGGAGUUUGCACAGAUGAUGUUUGUGGAUGGCUGCUUCAUCCUCCAAUAUAUUCUCUGCGGCUUUGUCCCUGGCAAUAUUAAGCAGCUUCACAUGAAGAUCACUGAUAUAGCUCUCAUUCGCCGCGAUCUUUUCUUACUUGAAAAUCAGUUACCAUUUGAAGUCCUGCAGGUUCUAAUGACCUAUAAGUUCAAUAAAGAUGAAGGAAUGAAGAUGAUUAAACAGUUCAUAUCGAGUUCACACGUAAGCCCUCCUCAAGAGCAUGGAUUCAUUCGAAGUAUCAAGGAUUUCUUUGGGGGAAAUCCCUUUUCUCCAGAGACAACAAAUGGGAAAGGUCAUGAUCAUGAGCGUCCUUCUCAUCUCCUCGAGCUAUUAAGAACACAUCUCAUAGACCCGAAGGCUUUCUUAGGAGGUGGACGCUAUCUAAGGGGUGAAUGGUGCUCGUAUCGCUCAGCCAUGGAGCUGAGGAGAGCAGGAAUCCAUUUCGCGCGUGGAAAGGGUCGUCUUCUUUCAGACAUUAAGUUCAAAUCUUUUGAUUGUACAGCUCUUUUAACACUUCCAUUUAUAACAAUAGAUGAUUCAACCAAGUCGGAGCUUUUAAACUUGGCUGCAUAUGAAGCAUGCCCUGAUACACCAGAUGACUUUAGUGUUACAUCUUAUCUAUGCUUCAUGGAUUCACUUAUUGAUCAUCCAGAAGAUGUGAAGGAGCUCAGAUCAAAAGGUAUACUUCUUAACUUUCUUCGAACUGAUCAAGAAGUAACAAAUCUCUUCAAAGAGAUAGCAAAAGAUUUGGUGCCUAAUCCACGUGCCUUUGUUGACGUGAAAUACAAAAUUGAGAUACAAUGCAGUAGCAAAGGAAAAGCAUGGAUUGCUGAGUGGAAGAACACGCAUUUUAUCACCCCAUGGACUUUUUUUACAUUUAUUGUAGCAAUUUUUAUCAUUGGUUUGCAAGUGACUGAUACUGUUCUAUCAGGCAUCCAAACCUAUUAUGCAGUUCAUGAGAAAUAGAGAUAGUAAUGAUAGGAUUCAAAUAAACAACUUUUUUUUUCUUUCCUUUUCUUCAGAAAAUAAUGAGUGUCAUGUUUGUUGAAUUCAUCAUUUCUAUUACCUUACUGCCAUGACGGCGAUGAAUCUUUGUACUCGUUUAAUUUAU